UGAAAUUAAAUAAAACUAACAAAGUAACGCCAAAAAUGUGCAUAGAUAUAUCUCUAAGAAAAGUAGCACUAAAAAUCUAUGCAACCAAAAAAGCAACACAAGAAAUCAGUACAUCCACUCCACAAAAAAGUCAUUCUAGCUAGUGCACAUUUGAAAUACAAACCCUACUUUUCAGACCAUAAAACAAAUUUUUUAAAAAAAUAUCUGAAUAAGAAAUCAUACAAACCCAACUCUCUUCUCUUCUCUUCCCCCACCUCCGUAUCCACCCUUUAAAUACCCCCUCCACCCCUUCUUUUAGAACUCGUACCCAACAACUCUCUCUAAUAAUCUCUCUCUCUCUCUCUCUCUCUCUCUCUCUCUCUCAAACAUUUAAGAAAAUAGAAUUAAAGCCUUGAAAAUGGAACAAAAUAAUCUGCCGGUAGUGGCCAAGAAAAUAUGGAGCUUAGUACGUGUAGCUUUCUUCAUGUUAAGAAAGGGCAUUUCAAAGCGGAAGCUCCUCCUCGACCUCAACAUGAUGAUGAAGCGUGGCAAGCUCGCCAGCAAAGCCCUAAGCAACCUCAUGUUCCACCACCACCACCACCACCACAGCCAAAGCCACUCCCACCACUGCAGCGCCGCCUCCUCCGCCGCCCCUCGGGAGUACGAGUUCAGCUGCAGCAACACCCCCAACUACACCUUCCACCUCAUGGGCAAGCGCCGCCACCAGAGCCACCACCACAACUUCUUUGCGUGUGCUCACGCGCCGCCCACUCAGGAUGACGAGGUGGCAGCCGCUGGCGUCGUGAAGGCGGUGCUGGAGAUGUUGAAUAACGAAGUGAUGGCUGCGGAGGCGGUGGCUUCGGUGGCAGCGUCACCGCUUCCCGGGUUCGGGAAGAGCCCCAUGGUCCGCCAGCUGAGGAUAACGGACUCUCCGUUUCCGUUGAGGGAGGCGGACGAGGACAGCCACGUGGACAAAGCGGCGGAGGAGUUUAUAGAGAAGUUCUACAAGAAUUUGUGGCAGCAGAACAGAAUGCAGGACUGAUCAGUUUGGGGUCAUGCAUAUAAUUAUCCGUUGAAGAUAUUUAUGUCAAGCGCAGCGCAGUUUAUGUUUAAUUUGAGAAGUUAUGGUCAUUUGAGUCCGCCGAUAUUGUUGUUGUUGUUGGGUGUUUGAUAAACAAUAAAAUUAAGAGAAUUAGCUUAGCUUAAUUAA